CAACAAAACCCACGUCACGUCAAGCGUCAAAAGCAAAGCGAGUGGCCGGAUCACGCAUCGAGUGCGUGUUUGUCGCUUUAUUAAAAUAAAUUUUAGUUUGUGUAGUGAUACUUUGUGCUGCCGAUUAGUUUCUCCCAGGAUCCAUUCAGUUACAGUUAUUAGUAUAUUUUUGUGUCCAGUCUAUAGGUUUUAACGGUAAAUUUACAAAAUGAGUGCCUUAAAAAAUGCAGUGGCGUUGUUUGUGAAUCACGGCAAAGUUGGAGCGAGGGGCAAUGGAAAGUUUGCCACAUUCCGUCCGCUGCUGUCAUGCGCCCCAGUGGCGAUGGUCACAAUGGACCGCGGUGCGCACACACAGGACAUCACGAAGAACAUACAGUACAUCAGCAAUGACAAGAUCAAGCUUAAAGCUGAUCCUGCUACUAUGAGAUUGGACAAACGGGUCGACAAGCCAAUGUGCGUCAUGAUCAACUGGCUCCUAGCAAGACAGAAACACGUGAUGAAGUACGCUACAUUAUACCUGGAGCAAGGCUUCGAUGUCGUCUCCGUAUCCUGCACACCUUGGCAGCUCAUGUGGCCCAUGAAGGGCUCCCAGCUGGUAGCCGAAGACCUGAUCAAGUUCAUGGCUAUGAAUGAGAACGAGCACCCUCUAGUGGUUCAUGGCUUCUCAGUCGCUGGUUACAUGUGGGGAGAGGUCUGCGUUCACGUCAUGAAGAAUAAGGAACUUUACCAGCCAGUAAUGGACCGCGUGGUGGCUCAAGUGUGGGACUCUGCUGCCGACAUCAGUGAGCUCGCCAUCGGGGUACCAGCUGCCGUCUUCCCCAAGAACCAGAUCAUGCAGAAGACGCUGAGAGCUUAUAUGGAAUACCACAUGAAGACGUUUCACGAAGCCGCCACAUCCCACUACAUCAGAUCCUCGCAGCUGUUCCACACGAACCUGUGCCAUGCGCCCGCGCUGUUUCUGCUGUCCCGCAGCGACCCCGUCGGCGCGGAGCGCAGCAACCGCAGUGUACAUGAUAGCUGGGUGAAGAUGGGCAUCCAGUGCACAUGGAAAUGCUGGGACCGUUCGCCCCACGUGCAGCACUAUACCAAACACCCCAAGGAGUAUGUAGCUGCCUUAUACGAACAUCUCGAUAAGUACGGCCUGGUCUCCCAGCCUGAGAAGAUGAGGAUGAGGUUAUAAGCACAUACAAAGAAGCACGGAUUGUUUCACUUAAAAAAAAUUCCUGUUGAAAAAUUCGGAAUAAUAUUACUAAAAUUGAAUGGUUAUUUUAUGCUGGCAACAUUUUUAUAUGAUAGUAGGAAUCAGGGAACAGGGCCAACAAUUUAAAAAUGAAAUCAUUUUCUUCAUUUAUGCCAUUUUGGUAGCAGUAAUGCUUGAAAAGGCGGAUAGAGAGAUCGUAAGUGUUACCUCUCUGUGCCCACAACAAAUGAAGUAGAUAUAGCACUUUUUGUUAUGACAAUUUAGAAACAAACUAUAUACAAGUCAAAUUAUUCAUUUCAUUAAUCAACUUAUGAUUGGACAGGUGAAACAGUUCGUGCUAAUACUAAAUUUUCGUGUAGAAGUGGUGAGUGGUCUUAAUUUUGCGAUGUAAUUCAAAUAAUUCUUGGGUAAAUGUCUCUUACCUCGCAAAUAAUAAGAUUGCGAAAAACCUAUAGAAUUAAGAAGGCAAAA